UCCUUGGGUGCUCCACUGUUCCUUCUACGAAAGAGACUGACCGAAUUUAAAAAAAAAAAAAAAUUACAGACGAAUAAAUCAAAAAAGCUCAGACGUAUAAAUUGUACUUUUUAAAAGUCUGCGAAGAUCUGUGCAGGAAAAAAAUAAACGAUCUGAAAGAGAGAUGAAGAGCAGCAGCGCUAAGCUCAUACUCGUUCAUCCAUCUUCCCUGCACAAACAAGGAGUAGCCAUAGCUGCCUCCCACCGCCUCUGGCUCCUCCUUUUCCUCUCUUUCUUCGCUUUAGCCUUUACUCUUACCCUCAUCACCACCAAAGACGCCAUGACCGCCGCCGCAGCAAAUGCCGCGUCCGCCUCAGCCACCGUAAAAGCCCCCUUGCCCAGGCCGGUAUUCGACGCCCUCCUCCACUACGCCUCCGUAAACUACUCCGCCGUCGGUUCCCGCUUCUCCGCCUCGGAGCUCGCCGCCGUCGCCGGCGUCCUCCGCCGGUGCAACUCCAACGCCACCCCAUGUAACUUGCUCGUUUUCGGGCUCACUCACGAGACCCUCCUCUGGAACUCUCUCAACUACAAAGGCAGAACUGUGAUCGUGGGCGAUAACGAUUACUUCGUCACCAGGCUGGAACAGAGGCACCCGGAGAUCGAAGCGUACGACGUUCAGUUCACGACGAAGGUGAGCGAACUGUACGAAUUGCUGGAGUACUCGAAAGAGCAGCUGAAAAAUGAGUGCCGGCCCGUACAGAAUCUUCUCUUCUCGGACUGUAAGCUGGCGAUCAACGAUCUUCCAAACCAAAUAUACGACGUCGCGUGGGACGUGAUUCUGAUAGAUGGGCCGUUCGGGUUUCUGCCGACGGCUCCGGGGAGGAUGUCGGCGAUAUUCACGGCCGGAGUUUUGGGUAGGAGUAAGAAGGCCAGCGCUGGAAAGACGGAUGUGUUCGUGCAUGAAUGUAAUAGGGAAGUGGAAAGGGUUUCCAGCGAAGAGUUUCUGUGCAGGGAAAAUUUGGUGGAAACAAUUGAUACGCUGGGCCAUUUUCAGGUGGGGGAAACGGAGGCCAAUAAAAGGUUUCAAUUUUGUUCGGAUUCGGGUUCAAUGGCGUCUUCUUCUUCGCCUUCGUCCAAGAACAGGGCAGAUAGCUGAGUCAUGCUGCUGCUACUCCUCUACAUAAAGUUGUAAUUACCUUUUUUUUUUUGUUUUUUCUUUAAAUUUGGGGGCUUAAAUAUUUUACUCCUACUUAAUACGACUAAAUUGUAUUAAUACUCAUAGGUUCUGCUUUUUACUCUCUCAAAUGUGAAUAACCGGAGAUAUUUAGGCUAGUUUU